UAUCAGAGGUUCCCUUGGAGCUCACAGGCCUGGGUGCUGAAAUGAACAGCUCCUUUCAGGAAGAGAGCCUUAUGGAAGGCCAAUGUAAAGUGCACCGGCAGGCAGCCAACGUAAGGGAGAGGAGGCGUAUGCUGAGCAUUAAUUCUGCCUUUGAAGAGCUGAGGAGCAGAGUUCCAACUUUUCCCUAUGAGAAGCGCCUUUCAAAGAUUGACACGCUACGACUAGCUAUUGCUUAUAUAGCAUUGCUCAGUGAUAUCCUGUCUUCGGGAAUGGACCCCAAGUCUUAUGUGGAUGAGUUUGUUAGGACAGGUUUGAAGAGCCCCCAGAGCAACAUCUGGAACACAAGUGAUCUUACCGCCCGCCUCUCUUGGAUUAAGUGGGACUGAAGCAGCAGCCAGGGAAUGAAGAGCCGGUCUGAGCCAGGUGCCAGAUUCUCACCAACAUUAGGCCUGGGAGUCCCUUUACAUGCCAUUCCCAGGCACUGGAUCACUAGCUCAAAGGGAACAUACUGAAGGACUGUUUUCACCUGUUAAUUGAUUCCAGGUUAUGUCUCUGUUAAACAUGGCAAGCAACAUGUUUAUUUAAAGGGUAUUAAAAUCAACAUGAAUGAGGAAGCACUUUUAUCUUUAUAUAUGGUAUUAGUGGAUUUGUUUGUGUCAAGAAAAGGGUUUAAAUGCCGCCGCCUUAAUAUGGUAGAACAAUUGUCUGAAGAUGAGCACCCAGAUCCUUUGGAGGCAAGUCUGAAGCACAAUUCAGCAGAAAGCCAGUUGGAAAUCAGGAAUAAAGGACUUUCUAUAAUAAUUUUAUUUUUCUUUGUAUAAAAGUGUAAAUCACCAUGGUUAAUUAUAUAAUGGUUUAAAGUUACUUGUAAAUAUAAUUACUAUUGAAAACAGUA